AACAUAGGUACUAUCAGUAGGAAUAUGCAUCUGUUGAAUAAUAUAAUCUAGUUUAUAAAAUAAAUAUUUCAUUUUAUAAAAUUUUUAUCUGUGUAUUGAAUAUACCGUUAUUAUUGCAUACUGUAACAUAUCUAUUGCUCGUGUGAUAUGUCCUAAAUAAUUUCUUACUUCCAAUUGUUUUUUCACCACAUUUAGAACAAUAAUUACAGGUCUCAAUGGCAAUAUUUUAUCUUGCCAUUCAUUUACUAAAAAUAAAAAAUAUUAAAGAUAUGCAUUUAAAUCGUACCAUCAGUAUUUGGAAAUUUACCUGUAAGAAUUGCAGUAUUUUUAUCUUCUUUUAUGAAGUGCGAUUUAGUCCAAUUAGGUGGAUAUUGAAAUUGUUUGCUUGAUUUCGAUGUUAUUCGACUAUGGAGUAGUAUAAUAAAACCUAUUAAAAAGUUUUGUAAUGUAUUUAAAUUACUUCUGUAAUACUGUAAGAAAUGUAUUUAGAUAUGUGCACAUAUUACAAAAGAAAAUAGUAGAUAAUCCCACGAAUGUUGAAAUGAAUGACGUAGCACUAUUGUUAAAGUAAUCGUAUGUUGCAGCAUCUGUACAGUUUUCAACAUUUUUGAUAGUGAUGGGCUUAGCAUGAUAGCAGCUCAUAUUAUUAUUGUUUCCACAGUUUCCCUGAAAGAUCGAAACAUUGAUGCACGCAUCACUGAUAUCAUUUUCUGCAACCGAAAGAAAGCUUAUAUUAAUAUAGAGAUCAAAUUUUAAUAAUAGGGUAGGAUCAAACAUACCUGACAUAGGAACUUUAAAAGGAUUUUGUGGAAUAUCAUCAUGAUCCAUGGCAGUAACAGAUAUUAAUAUAUCGUAAAAUGAAAGACAUUCCAAUCUUUCAAUUUCAUCAAUAGUGAAAAGACUAGCAUAGAUUAUUGUAAAUUUGAAUGUGAAUAAUGAAGAACAUAGAAUUAUGAAAAUAAUGUUUUUUUUAGAUAAAAAUAACUUACUUAUUAUUUUUAUUUCUAUACCAAAAUCUAUCUCCAGCACGUAUUCGUUGAAACUGAUCAAUUAUGAUAGCUUGAAAUAAUUCUCCAGGUCCAUGAUCAGUUUCUAAUAUACCUCCCACCCAUAUAUCAAUAUUAUCAAAAGAAUUGUUAUGCAGUUUCAUAAAUUCGUUCUUGAUCUUGCCAUGAAAUAUUGAAUAGUAAUAUCAUUUUUUUGUGCUAUGAAAUUAGGUAGUUUAAUUAAGACUAAUAUUUUUUAUACGUACAUCCAUAUCUACAUUACUGAAGUGAGAUAUAUUAUUGAUUUUAGUUAGAUUAUAUGCUAUUCGAGCAGUAUUAUAAUCUGGAAGUCCAUGAUCACGACCUCUUUGAAUAUUGAGUGCCAUUAAGUCUCUUCUUGAGAAUUCAAGUGGACCAAACAAACUGCCCCUUAAGUCAUCUACUAUUUUAUGAUCUUCUUCUGCGCAUAGUUGAACAGCCAUUCCCAUAAUCAAUUUUUCUAUAUCAAUAAUUCCUUGCACCUUUGUCAUAUUUUCAUAAAUAGAAUUCUACACAAACAAAUCAGUUAUUUUUAAAUAAUGUAAACAAUUGAUAAUUUACCAUGUAUUUAUAUACCUUUGACAUCCAAUAGUUAUUACAUGUUCUAAUUGCUCUAUCAUUCUGUUCUAAUUUGCAACCCUCUCUACCAUAGUCUCGUAAAUAUACACCUAUUAAAAAGAAUUAUUUAAUUACACCUCUUUUGUAAUCAUAUUUUACAAAGCAUGUAUGAUGUUUCUAUUUUGCAAAAAUUGACAUUCUUUUUAAUAAAAAAUAACAAUAGAUGUUGAAGUAGGCUAUGAAUCGUUACAUGUUGUCUCUCAUCUAUAAUCACUGAUAUUAAUUUAUAAUACAUAUAAAAGUUGAUAUGCUGAAGAUAAAUUUAAUAAAAGUGUUUUGGAAAGUACCUGAUGGAACUAGGGUAUGACCAAAACGAAAAGCAGCAGCUUGAAAAAAUUGAUCAAUUUGUGGGUCAAUACUUGGAUCGUAACCUUUCAAAAAAUUAUAAAAAGUUACAUAAAAUCUAAAUAAAGAAAGAUUAAUUAAUGAAUUCUAUUAACUUCAAUGUUUUAAAUUGAUUACCAUUGUACAUAGGAAGUUCUUUACCCAACCAUUCAGGUAACCAUUCAUUUGUGAUAAUGUGUUGCUGUGUUGCUAUUACCCACUUACGAGCUUCAUUGUAAACUUUUUCACCAGACCAGUUAGGUUGUCGACUUUUUAUGUAAUUUGAUAUAUGAUUAUGCCAUCUAAACCAAAUUAUACCAAAAGUGAGAAGAAAUGGGUUUUCAUUCCCUCUUGGAUUUCCUAACUCUACAACAUAUGAGUGCAAUACAUGUAUUUUAAUCAUUACAUACAUCAUCCUGGAAAUGCAUAUUUUACAUUGCUUAAGACAUGUAAUAUUGUCAAAAAUAUCUCAUAUUUUUCAUAAAAAACAAUACAGAUUUGUACAAAAAAUGACUGUAAGAGAUGCAUUGAAUGCAGCUCUUGAUGAAGAAUUAGCAAGAGAUGAAAAGGUAUUUAUUAUAGGGGAAGAAGUUGCUCAAUAUGAUGGUGCUUAUAAAGUAACAAAAGGUCUUUGGAAAAAAUAUGGAGAUAAAAGAAUGAUUGACACGCCUAUUACAGAGGCCGGAUUUUGUGGUAUAGCUAUUGGUGCAGCACUAGCUGGCUUAAAACCAAUAUGCGAAUUUAUGACAUUCAAUUUUUCGUUGCAAGCCAUAGAUCGUGUUGUAAAUGGAGCAGCUAAAAAUUUUUAUAUGACUGCAGGAAGGUAUAAUGUACCCAUUGUGUUUCGUGGUCCAAAUGGAAACGCUAAAGGUUUAGCAGCACAACACUCUCAGUGUUUUGGGGCAUGGUAUAUGAGUUGUCCUGGUUUGAAAGUAACAUCACCUACAACGUGUGAAGAUUAUAGAGGAUGUUUAAAAGCUGCUGUUCGAGAUCCUGAUCCGGUUGUAAUUUUAGAAAGUGAAGUACUCUAUAAUUUUACAUUUCCUGUAUCUGAUGAAGCUAUGGAUAAGGAUUUCAUGAUACCAUUUGGUAAAGCUAAAAUUGAAAAGCUGGGUAAACAUAUUACACUAACAUCACAUGGUCAAGCUACAUUCUACACAUUGCAAGCAGCUGAAAUUCUAGCAGGAGAAGGAAUAGAAGCAGAAGUUAUAAAUUUACGUUCUCUCAGACCACUAGAUUGGGAUACAAUUUUUAAGUCGAUUUCAAAAACACACAGAUUAAUGACAGUUGAAUUGGGAUGGCCUAGAUGUGGAGUAGGAUCUGAAAUAGUAGCUACUGUUAUGGAAAAUCCAAUAUUUUUCCAGCUUGAUGCCCCUGCUGUACGCUGCACAGGUAUUGAUGUACCUAUGCCUUACGCGGAAAAUAUUGAAUACGAAUGUACACCCAAAGACCAUCACAUUGCAGAGUUUGCUAAGAAAAUUUGUGGCAUGAAUAUAUAAAUACAUUUUGUAUAUCGAAAAUAAAAUUCUACUCACUAAAGAA